UGGCGACGUGGAGCUCUUAUGCAGGCCCCUCGGCCGCACCAUCGCCCCGUCGUCUUUAUUUGACGACGUGGAGCUCUUAUGCAGGCCCCUCGGCCACACCAUCGCCCCGUCGUCUUUAUUUGACGACGUGGAGCUCUUAUGCAGGCCCCUCGGCUGCACCAUCGCCCCGUCGUCUUUAUUUGACGACGUGGAGCUCUUAUGCAGGCCCCUCGGCCGUACCAUCGCCCCGUCGUCUUUAUUUGACGACGUGGAGCUCUUAUGCAGGCCCCUCGGCCGCACCAUCGCCCCGUCGUCUUUAUUUGACGACGUGGAGCUCUUAUGCAGGCCCCUCGGCCGCACCAUCGCCCCGUCGUCUUUAUUUGACGACGUGGAGCUCUUAUGCAGGCCCCUCGGCUGCACCAUCGCCCCGUCGUCUUUAUUUGACGACGUGGAGCUCUUAUGCAGGCCCCUCGGCCGCACCAUCGCCCCGUCGUCUUUAUUUGACGACGUGGAGCUCUUAUGCAGGCCCCUCGGCCGCACCAUCGCCUCGUCGUCUUUAUUUGACAACGUGGAGCUCUCGUACAGGCCUCUCGGCCCAUCGGCCUUACGUUCUGGUCAUCUUUAUUUGAUGAACCAGACAUCAUAUUGUGGACGGUCGCUCGACCCAUCCCUUAGUCAUCUUUAUUUGAUGACUAGGACUACUGAUCAUGAUGAGCUACCCACAUCUGGAGAUCGGCCUCGACCAUCCAGCAGACGGGCACCGCUGCAGCUCCAUCUCCAGGCCGAAGGGCUCGCACCUUUUGUUUCAUUUUGGGGGCAUCCGGUGUACUCUUUUUCCCUCAUUAGGAUUUUUUCCCACAGGGUUUUUCCUAAUGAGGUUUUUAACGAGGCAUCUCCCCAUCGUGGAUCAAAAGGUGUCAACCCUCGGCCCCCUGUUGAAGACAUCAUCCGACACGCAUUACUCUACUCCUCUUCACCUCAUUACACUCGCCUCAAGGAGUGGGGGACUGGGAGAGCGGGGGACUUAGCGCCUCCGUUAACCAAAGAAGCAGAAUUUCAAAUUUUUGUUCAUGAAGUUUACUCACCAGACGACGAAAGAUCAGCACACAAUUCUACUCUCUUUCGCCUCGAAUACUCUCGACUCAGAGAGUGGGG